AUGUUAUUGAAUUCUACUAAAAGAUUUGGAUAGCUUCUACUAUAGUAGUCGCGCUACAUAAAUUUUACUAAGAAACUCACUAGCAUUCCUCAAAUGCAUUUUUGCUAAGAGCCUCCUUAAGGAUUUAAGAAAUUUGAUCGUAGAAGAAGAGGUUCUAGCAAUCAAAGAGAUAGGGGAAAUUAAAAAGAUAAAGAAUAGAAUGAAUAAACAAUAGAAGUUGAAGAGUAGGAGUAAUAAAAACAUAAAGAUUAGCAAUAAAAUGAAGGAUAGUCAAAAUAAGAUAAUAACGAAAAAUAAGAUUAAUCUUACAUAGAAAGAUGGAAAGAAAGAGUAAUGAAAGAAAUAUAAAAACAAGAUUAAGAAUUUAAAAAGAAUUUAAAAGAUUUGUAAAAUAGCAUGCAAGAAUAGGAAAUUAACAAAAGUAAUUAAAAGAAAUCAGAUUAAGAUGAUAAAAAUGAUAAGAAGAGUGAAGAUCACGAAGAAAAGGAAAAAAAAGAUGAACAUAAGGAGGAUUAAUAAGAAGAAACAGCUAGUGAAGGCAGACAUCAUCAUAAGUCAAAGAAACAUAAAAAGCACAAAAGCCAAAAAAAAAACGAAUAACAACCUGAUAAUUUAAUGCGUAUAGAAAUUCCUGUAGGAAGAGCAUUAAUUUAUGGUGGUCUGGCAUUUGUAGUGUUCAAUAUAGCAAGUGAAUUUUUAAAUAAUGCAUUCGAAAUAGACUAUAAAGCAUUUGUCAAAGAUUAUUUAGAGCCUGGCUUGAUUUAAAAGAUCUACAUAUACAGAGAUAAUAAAUAUACUUUUCAUAUUAAGACUUAUGCAGUUAUUGUCACUAAGGAUGGAGCUGAAAGAACAUUAACUGUUACUGAUCCAGAUUGUUUCCUUGAAAACUUAGAAAUUUAUUAAAAAAGUAAAGGAGUUCAAUAAGAUAAUAUGAUUGCAGUGGAGUUUAAAUAUGCAACAGAUAUCCAACGUUAUUUGUACACACUUAGGAAAUAUUCUCUUUCAAUGCUUAUUAUUGCCUUGAUAUUUUAUACAAAUAGAUUUUCUAAAGGAUUUUUAAAAGAUAUGAAUCCAAGCUUGGGAGAAAAUGUUAUUAAGGAGUUUGGAGUUGACUCCAAGAUUAAAACUAAAUUUUCUGAUGUUGCUGGUCAAGCUGAAGCUAAAAAGGAAGUUAUGGAGUUUGUAGAUUUCUUAAAGCAUCCUUCCAAGUAUGAAGGUUUAGGAGCAAAAAUGCCAAAGGGUGCUCUCUUAACUGGUCCUCCUGGUACAGGAAAAACUCUCCUAGCCAAAGCUUGUGCAGGAGAAUCAGGUGUUCCAUUCUUUUUCAUGUCAGGAAGUGAUUUCGUUUAAAUGUAUGUUGGUGUUGGCUCGUCUAGAGUUAGAUAGCUUUUUGAAGCAGCAAAAAAGAAAUCACCUUCUAUCAUUUUCAUAGAUGAAAUCGAUGCUAUCGGAAGGAAACGUGAUGAUAGAGGUGGUGGAAGUGAUGAAAGAGCAAACACAUUGAAUUAGUUGCUUGUUGAAAUGGAUGGUUUUUCUACUGAUUCAAAAGUUAUUGUAUUUGCUGCUACUAACAGAAAAGAAUUAUUAGAUCCAGCUUUGAUUCGUCCUGGUAGAUUUGAUAGAUAAAUUGAAAUCACAAAUCCUGACAUAGAGGGUCGUAAAGAAAUAUUCAUAGUACAUUUAACUCCAUUGAAGAUUGAUCCUUCAAAAACUGUUGAAGAAAUAGCUAAAAGAUUGGCCACAUUAACCCCAGGAUUCAGUGGCGCAGAUAUAAUGAAUCUUUGUAACGAAGCUGCUAUUCUUGCUGCAAGACAAAAUAAGGCAUACAUAGAAGCAAUUGAUUUUGAAAUGGCUUCUGAAAGAGUUAUGGCUGGCCUUGAAAAGAAAUCAAGGAGUGAUGAAUAGGAAAUGAAAGUUAUUGCAGUUCACGAAUCAGGUCAUGCAGUAUGUUCGUGGUUCCUAGAAGGAGGUGAUCCUUUAUUAAAACUUACAAUUAUUCCAAGAACUAAAGGUUCUUUAGGGUAUGCUUAAUAUCUUCCAAAUGAAAGCAGUUUAUAAACAAAAGAAGAAUUACUAGAUAGACUCUGCUGUAUACUAGGUGGUAGAGUAGCAGAAGAGAUCUUUUUCAAUAAAAUAACAACUGGAGCAUACGAUGAUUUAGAAAAGAUAUAUAAAAUGGCUCAUGCUAUUAUAACUAAAUAUGGUAUGAGUGACAGAAUAGGCUAUGUAGGAUUGAAAGAGGGUGAUUAUCUAAAAUCUUAUAGUGACAAAACAAACAGAAUUGUUGACGAAGAAAUCUCAUUAAUGAUAAAAUAAUAAACAGAAAGAACAAGAGAAAUUAUUUUAUCUAAAAAAGAUUUAAUAUAAAAAUUGAGCGAUGCACUACUGGAAAAAAAAACAUUAGACUUAUCAUAAAUAAAGGCAAUCUUGGGAGAAAGACCCUUCUCUCCAAAAUCAAACUACAAAGCCUACUUAGAAAGUAACGAAGAGCAGGAGAAAGAAAAAUAAAAAAUAGAACAAGAUUAACAAUAAAAAGAACAAUAAUAGUAAUAAUAACAACAAUAAUCAUAAUAACAAUAAGAACCAAAACCAUAAUCAUGA